AUGCCGCUUGAAUUACUUCCUUUGACUUCUUGUACCAAAACAUCUGAAUUUAAAUCUGUUCCGUGGGGAAUAUUUCAAAAAUCCAACUUCUCUUUGGAAUGGUCUGAACCAGCAUGUUCCAUAUGUGAAGAUGAAGGCAAGAGAUGCAGCUCGUAUAAUUCUACGACAUCGGAUCCUCAUAUUCGGUGUCUUGACCAACUCCCAACCACAAACCAUCAUGGAGCGGGAGCAAGAAAUAUUAAAUUGAUUGAAGGUUUUGGUUCCAUUAUUGCCGCGAUAAUACUAGCGGCUUUUGUCUAUCUUUACAUCAGAGUUAGAAUCUACCGAGAGAACCAAACGAUGAUUGGGAAGUUUUUGCGAGAUUACAAAGCCCUUAAGCUGAGUCGAUUUUCAUACUUGGACAUAAAAAGGAUUACUCAUCAAUUUAGCGAGAAAUUGGGCGAAGGGGGUUAUGGAAUUGUUUACAAAGGAAAGUUGAAUAACGAAAUAGACGUUGCAGUGAAAGUACUCAACAAUUCCAACGGCAAUGGAGAGGAGUUUGUGAAUGAAGUAAGUACGAUUGGGAGAAUACACCACGUCAACGUUGUCCGUCUUCUAGGAUUUUAUGCUGAUGGAUUUCGAAGAGCUCUUGUCUAUGAAUUCUUACCAAACGGUUCUUUAGAAAAGUCCAUUUUCCAAGAGGGUUCGAAUAGAAUUACUCUUGAUUGGGAAAAGCUACAGGAUAUUGCAUUGGGCAUAGCCAAAGGUAUAGAAUAUCUACACGAGGGGUGUGAUCAACAAAUACUCCAUUUCGACAUAAAGCCGCAAAACGUCUUGUUGGACCACAACCUCAACCCGAAGAUAUGCGAUUUUGGUCUUGCAAAGUUGUGCUCAAAGGAACAAAGUGCAGUGACAAUGACUGCGGCUAGAGGAACAAUGGGAUAUAUUGCACCUGAAGUACUGUCUAGGACUUUUGGGAGGGUUUCGUAUAAGUCCGAUGUUUAUAGCUUCGGAAUGUUGUUGCUCGAAAUGGUGGGAGGGAGGAAAAACGAGGAUCGGAAUGUAAAUAAUACUAGUCAGGUAUAUUUCCCUCAAUGGAUAUACAAUCAUAUAAAUGCGGAGGAUAAUCCAUUGUGGGCAAAAAAUGAAGAAGGAAAUAGUAUAGCAAGGAAACUUAGUAUAGUAGGGUUGUGGUGCAUACAAUGGUGUCCGACAGAUCGUCCGUCAAUGAAAGCUGUGGUGCAGAUGUUGGAAGGAGAAUGUGACGACCUUACAAUGCCUCCGAAUCCAUUUCCAGCUACUACAAAUCCCAUUGAUGGAAAACAUUAUCAAACUCAGAUGUCGAUCAUAUUAGAAGAGUAG